UCCAAGAGAGUAGCGGAGGAAAGACAAAGCUGUGUGUGAGCAAAAAAGGCAGUUUUGUCGGAAACUCGCGGCCGUGCCAUAGGUAAAGAUUUGGAAAGGCAACGGGACUCCUGCCCGGCGCUGCUUCUCACGUUACUUCAUUGCUGGGGGGCUUAGAUGGAGUGAAGUGUUGCUGCGCUGAGACUAGCACUCUUGAUCAGUAUACCCUUUUCAUUCCCAGCCAGGGGAGCUCUGAAGACAAGCGGUGGAGAUUUGAAAUCAAAGGCAAGACGAUAGAAUUUUAAUGGACAAGGCUUCGUGCGUCUGUUUGGAUUUAAAAUGCUCAGAUGCGCAUCAAUGGGGCUGCCACAUGGACGUGCGUAUGAAGAGAGAGAAUACGCAAUCCUGUUUUAAAGACUAACGCAACUUCACAGAAAGGAGAAAACUCGAGCCGAAUGGGCAUCUUCAAACGUAAACCUGAAUCUAGACAAAGUGGAUUGGAUUAAAGGGGGCCAAAUAACAGAUGCAUCCAGCAAGCACACAUAUAUAAUCCGUUCUCGAAAUUCCCUCCUCUGUCCCGGCUCUUCUUAUUAAUUAGUAAGAAAGGGGUCGUUUCAGACAAGGCGGCCGGCACUACAGAGCAAAGGGGAAUACAAGAAACGUGCUCAUAAUCUGGAAGAGCGAUCAGAGGAUUCGAGCAGCACAGACUGCGUCCUACACAGAAAGGGGAGAUCGCAAGCCGCUGACAAAUCCCCAUACACUUGGAGUGCACGGAGCCGCCGAUUUGUUUUAAACUUACAGUAGACGAUCUGCUGCUCGGUUUUUUUUUUUCGCUUUAUUUUGAUCUUUUUUUCUUGCUGCUGUUCUCAUUGUUGAUCAUUUGACAGAAAUGCACCGAAGUGCAGGAAGAGCAAUGCCGUUGCUCUGCGUGGCUUUUUUGGCUUUAUGUGUAAUUGUAGUGAAAGGAUUCCCUACGAAGAAACAUGGCAGCACCCCAAAAUACUCGGGGGCGUAUCUGGAGGUUAAGGGUCGAGGAGCCGCUAGUGCCUCUCAUCAGGGGUUGGACAUUUUGCAACAAAACAACAGAAUUAAGAGUUGGAAAAGAACUGGCCCAAGUAACCCCCGUCGACACAAGAGGAGGUGGUCUCAGCAGCGCAUGGGUGGGACUUACACUCAAUCCAAGGCUGAACUGGAAGACAGCAAGCCCUUUGUUUUGGACCUUAAGAACUUUCCUGACCUGGCUAAUGCUGACCUCAGCUCUCAAAAUCCAAACAUUCAGGUAACCAUUGAGGUGGUUGACGACCCACAAGCAGAAAUCGAAAUGGAUCUUGUGAAGGAAAGCCGCAAUGACUGGUCUUUGUCCUCUGCCGACUGGCUAGCUCACAAAGAGCUGUUCUGGCCUCUGUUUUGGAAAUAUCCAGACCCUGCAGAGGACAGUAAUGGACAGGCAGGACAAGAUGAGGAGGAUUACACCGAUUACGACAGUGAAGGGUCUGUUUUGAGCAGUGUGGAUGGUGAUUGGGACCGUAGGUGGCCUGGACACAAGGGAUGGGGCCCCAAAGAUAAUUAUGAAUAUGAAGAAGAGGAAGAGUGGAGUUCCUGGUCUCCCUGCAGUGCCACAUGUGGUAGUGGCAAUCAGAAGCGUACGCGGUCUUGUGGCUAUGCAUGUACUGCUACCGAAUCCCGAACGUGUGACCUGACGCACUGUCCAGGGGUUGAAGAUGAUAUUAAUGCUGUAACAGAUCUCAUGCCAUAUGGCGCUGAAAACAGUACAGACUUGUAUGAUGCUGAUCUUGACAGCUGUGACAAAUGGCUCAACUGCAAGAGCGACUUCCUGAAGAAGUAUCUUCACAAGGUGUUAACAGAACUGCCUAGUUGCCCGUGUCACUACCCGUCCGAGGCCGUGUACAGCACUGUCCACAUCUUUGAUGAGAAGCAAGGCAAGACUUAUCGAUGGCGGGACGCGAGCGGCCCCAAGGAGCGCCUGGAUAUUUACAAGCCCACUGCCAAGUUCUGCGUUCGCUCCAUGCUGUCUUUGGACAGCACCACCCUGGCUGCCCAGCACUGCUGCUACAAUGAGCAGAUGAGACUGAUCACCCGAGGGAAGGGCGCGGGCGCUCCCAACCUCAUAAGUACGGAGUUCUCCCCCGAGCUGCACUACAAAGUUGACGUGUUACCAUGGAUUUUGUGCAAAGGUGACUGGAGUAAGUUCCACGCAGUUCGACCGCCCAACAACGGCAUGCAAUGUACUGAAAACCCCACGGAGGAUGUCUAUAUGAAUGAGCUGGAAGAAGCAAGAGAAUAUUAAACGCAUUAGGACUUGCAAUUCCAUUCACAGACUUGUAUCCACUUAAUUGCACAAAAACAGAAAUAUCUUCCACUUUUUCUCCUGCUGAACCUGCAGUGAGGAUGUUGCUUAUGUUGGCUGGCUGAUGAAUCUGCAUCUGUUAAAAUGAGAGCCGUGCCUUCUUUAGUUUCUUGGUUGACGUUAGCAGUCUGAUUCAUUAUUUGGUGCUCGUGUCACUAAAUGCAAUCAACGGCUUCUACUAGAGGAGGCCAAACUGAAGCAUGGGAUAGCGGACUGUUUUAAAGAGCGUACUAUGUUAUAGCGCACCUGUGUCUACGUUUUGGGGUCAGAUGUUUGACAAAACAUUGGCACCUUAAGGAGCGGAAAAAGCUUUUUGCUCUCGUGUGACAUCCUAUCCAUGUGGGUGCUUACAAAUGUACUUAUCUGCAUCUUUUCUAACGUUACGUCCUCACAGUGAUAUUUGCUGCUACAAACUUUUCCUCCACCUAAGGUGUCGGAACCCUUCAGCGGGGUGUCGGAUGGACACCAAUAGGAAACACAUUUGGGCAGGUGCUGGAUUUUCCUGGGUCUAUUACCUUUUUUUUCCAUGGAAAAUGAUCUAGUCAACAUUGCUAAUGUUCCACAGAGUAGUAACAGAAUACUAACUUAAGCUUCUCAAAGCUCACGCUGGCAGAGUUCCAGACCGGGAGAGAAUCAAGGGAAAGAGAUCAGAUGUGUAUGUACUGUAUAUAGAGGACACCAUCGGUUCUACAGCUGUUUGCUUUCUGGGGGGUUUGGAGGGAGGGUGAGGGUAGGGAUGUGGGCAAACAACUACAGUUUCAAAUACCCACUUGUUCUCCAACUUGUGAACCGGGAAAUUAAAGGAGCGUCUUUUCUUUCAACUUCUUUCCCCAAUUGACCGUUUGCAGCCAGGGUCCCCCAACGGAAUUUGUUGUGCUGCUGAUCUCUGGCCAUUCAGAAGUUUUCAGCGUGAGGCCCUCUGAGGUUAGCGGCGUGCCUCCCAUACUGUAACGGGACCGUCCUUCUGUCCUACAUAUUUCCUGCCAGAGGCCUCCUUGAUCGCUGUUGCCAGUUUCAUGGUCACAGUUGCAUAGCCAAUGAGUGGGAAACAAAGUUACUGCAGGCUCUCCGGGCGUGCGGCUCUCAGUUAAUACACCUUUAGAAAUCCUCACUUGGAGAUGUUUUGAAAUGUGCUGAGGUUUUAGUGAAGUAAUUUUACACACCUUAGUAAACAGGCAUCAGGGCUGGCCAUAUUUAAGGCUGCUGUAUGUUCAGUAGUUUUAUUUAGAGAGGCCAGUUCGCAUUCCUUUAGCAGACGUUUCUAACAUUUCUGUCUUUCUAAGGCACACAAUUCCAAGAGAUAAUUGUGGGAAAAGUAAAACCACUAUGGAAUGGUACAGUAUUAACUUUAGUGCACUUUUUCCCUUAUUAGACAAGCUGGAUUAUUUUAUGCUCUUUCUCAAGGUUAGAAUUUACAGUGUUCACAUUAGUUGAUUUAACAAAAAAAAAUAAAUAAACAGAAAGGCAUUGUGACACAUGAUGGCUUAUUAUUCAGGAUUUGCAAAGGAUGUUGUCCUGCAAUUUAUUCAGAUUGGAGGCCGCUUCAGAAACGCUUCCACCAGUAUGCAAAUAUAACAAGUUGCCUCUUUUAUUAAGACAAAGAAGUGAAACCAGUAACAACAACCACAUUUUCCCAGCCCCUUUUCUGUGCACUCUGGUAAUAAGUGGAGAAGCCCCUAGCUACUAAAUACUACACUGCAUCCCACUAGUUCAUCCACAGUGGUGGUGGCAGGGCUGACCACCACUGACACUUUUUUUCCUUUGGGUCCUGAGCAGCACCUACAGUAGGCUCAUAAGAGACUGGAAGUGUCUCAAACAAUCUUGACGUCUCUUGCGUCAUUAAUGCAGGAAUCUCAUCCCAGUUGUGUGGUUGAGGAAAGUGCUGCAAGCUUCACAAAGAAAUGUUGGUGCACCAAUCUGGUCAUCCCCAUUUCUGAGGCUAGGGAUCUGCACUGACAAUCGGAAGGUUGCCGGUUCGAAUCCCGUAAAUGCCAAUAGGGACUCUGCUCUGUUGGGCUCUUGAGCAAGGCUCUUAACCUGCAAUUGCUGAGCGCUUUGAUUAGUGAGAAAAGCGCUAUAUAAAUGCCAAGAGUUUUUCUGUUAGCAAAAAAAUGUAACGAAAAAGGGCCGUUGUGCAUGUGGAAGGAAGGGUGGAAGGAGCUCCGUCCAAGGGUGCGUUUUGUUCAAGACUGAACACCUCCUUCUGGCAGCUGCAAGCUUUAUAGGUGAGGGAGCAGAAGUGGUGGAGCCAGUUGCCCUCAGUGGGAUGUGGAGGGAACAAAAGAGGAGAAGGUUAGCAUGAGCAACCCCGUCUCGACCCAGGGUUGUAGUACCUACCUCAGAUGAGCCCAGAGAGUGAUCCACAGAUGUGCAUGCCUGACGCUAUCAAAUUCUCAUUCUUCAGACUCCGUAGGAUUUAGUUUGGCAGGUUCGGAGGGAGAUCAUCCUUGCCUCUGAUUUGCGAUGACAGCGAGGAAUGAGCAGCCAUUGCUUUAUAAGUCACUGGUCCUCUGCUGCUGUUGCAGGAACCCUCUUGGGACCCCCAGUGUAAUUACAGUUAUCUUGCAUGAGGUCUUGCACCUUCUCAACACAGUUUUGCUCUCAGUCUGUUUGUGAAUCGGGGUCUUGUAAGGCGACAAGUACGCUUUCUGUUAUUUUUGAUUUGCUGGGUGCAGCUCUAAUCACAACAAUGUAUAAUGUGUGCUGUCAAGUAUCUUUUAAACUUCUGUCUAGUGAGCACCCCACCAGGCUUGUUUUUCCAUUAACAGCUACGGUCAAAUGCAUAUUUCAGCAUAAUUCACGUUGGCUCUCCUUUGUGUCUCAGGCCCAUCGUUUGUAUUUAUUUCAUAUGAUACCGCUGCCAUAGCCCACUCAGAACUGAACUGCUAGGAUCAAUACAUAGAAAAAGCGAUCCUUAAAAAUGAGUAAAAUAUCAACAGAGCUCAGUAAAAUUAAACUGAUUUCAGCAAACUGCAGUUUUAUUCCACUGACAAUUUCCAGCUUAUCUUUGUUUAAAAUGGUAUGCUAAAGAGAGGAGAUAGAACUUUUCAUAUACAUUUUCUUCUUCUUUCACCACUUCUCUGUGGGGUCAAUGUUUUCUAGGUUUCAGCGUGACUUUUAUGGCCAGAUGCCUUUCCUGAUGCCAACUAUGCCCCAUGUUUAUCCAUGAUUGGUACUGGUACCAAAAUGGAGGCUGGGUUUUUGCAUAUACAUCUGAUACAUCGGAUACAUUUCUUAAAUAAAUUGUGUCAUAUUGCCAUUAUAAGCUAAAAACACUGAACCAUGUUAAUAAGGCACAAUCAUUAGGACUGGGAUUUUCCAAUCCGUUCCAUCUCCCCUACCCUAAAUAUGCCAUCAGUUUACAUUCCAGUCUUUAAUAGUCAGAAGCGGAUUUCUUCCGUUUAGCCAAACACCUUGUUUUAAACAGUUUAUUUUUACAUGCUGUGUGUGGAGUCAGUUAUAACUUUCACAAAAUGACUAAAGAGUUUGCUCUCCUCUGGUUCUUAGAAUGCAUAUGAUAUGAGCUGGGUGGCAUGGUGGCACAGUGAUUAGCUCUGCUGCCUCAGAAACUCAGUUAAAAUCCUAAACCAGUCACCAUCUGUGUGGUGUUGUACCCUCAUUUACUUGGACUUCCUACUGUUGCCCCUUGAAUUGGCUGUUAGCCCUCUAGAAGUGAGCGGCUGUGUCCUACGAUGGGCUCCGCAGCCUGGGUAGGUACCCUGUAACCCACUGAUGCAUUCAGUUGGUUCCGAAAAUGUUUGUCUAUAUUAAAGGAGUGAGUUCUGAGAUUAACCCAUGCUAAGUGAGUUCAGAGUGUAAACAGGGGCACUGAUAUUAAAUUAGACAUUUAAUGGUGACGCUAAAUUAUUAGCCACCACAUGUAAACAUUUUCUAAAAUUUUAAGACCCCCUUAAAGGGUGAAUAAAAAUGAGUAGCCUUUGGCGGGCACAUUGCUAGGGUUUGAUGCUGAGGUAGGCUUUAGUGCCAGAAAUCCUGGACCAGAUAAAGCGGGUUUGACAAUGAAUCAAUCAGUAUUGGGGGUAUGCCGCACAUUUUUCCACUUGGCUUGAGAUAGGUAAACUAGAUAGUGGCAGGGUUUGUUUUUGAAUUGUGUCGAAUUAGACUAAAAAUUAGUAGAUGGGAACUGGCCUGAAUUAAAACAUGUGGCAUCCAUAUAUCUCCAAGACUGGGUUUGAGAGCCACUGUUUCUGAAGAUGCUACCAUUGGGCAGUGGUUGGCAGACAUUUAAAGGGUAGCCCCUUCAUGCAUAUAAACUGGGAAUUCCCUGCAUUUCCCAUCUUAGGUGUUUUCUUUGGUUCCCUUGUUCACACAUGCAAAAGCAAGCCAGCAGUUACCCAAUUUUUCCAAACUGAUGUCCUUUACUUAGCCUCUCCAUGUUUGUCUACUCAAUCUUUAAUAGCACAGCAUUUGCUUUGUGAGAACUUCUUCACUGAUUGAACAAUUCUUCAGUCAAGUGUAGCUUUCAUUGGGCCCAUAGAAAGAUGUUGUCUGCAUGAGUGCAAUGAGAUCUGCAGAUAUAACAUCUUCACAGCAUCCUGGAAGAUGACAGAGCAACCAGGGCCAUUAGUCUGGUGAUGCCAGUGGCAAGAUGCCUCGAGCUGUCGCUUCCUUUUUUAAGGGUUUAGCUGCCUCUCUCAGUGUUGGGCACCGACUUCACGGCCAAAGGACACUUUCUGCUCACAGUUUGUGUAGCCCAAUUUGUACGGGUCGAUCCACUUGAAGCUUCUUCCUCUGAUUAUCAUUAUUAAGAAUUAAUUAAUGACUGGCACCAGCACACACAUUUUGGGGCAUUCAGGAACGAGAAUUGUUAUAAUCUGCUACAUGACAGCGUGACUCAUAUUAUUAUCAGAGGGUUGGCGAAAUACAGAACUUCUAACUGCUCGCAUAUUUGCAUAUAAACAUUACGCCUAAGUUUUUAUAGUUCUAAAUAGUGUCACAAGAAAGGGAACAGUUUCAAAACACAAAUUGCAAAAACAAUUCCAGAGAGUGAUUUGAGCAUUUUGAAUAUAUUUGAAGAGUAUGGCUACGCUAAAUGGGCCUUAAAGGUGCUUUAGAGGAAUGGAUCAAUAAUAUUCAAUGUUUACACAUUUCUAACAUCUGUCAGGAUUGAAAUCAAAAUAUUCUUUAGUCAUCAGAUUAUUGUUUUUUUUUUUUUUGUUCAUUAAGAAAGGCACUUUAUUGUAAAACAAUACAUUCUGUACCAAUAGUUUGUAUUUUGUGUUUUUUGGUACAUGUGUAAAGGGAUCAGUUAAAACAAAUGCUGCAUUUUCUUGUGUAUGUAAUGUAAGUAUUGUUAGCAUGAUGUACUUUAUUAAUUUUUUUUCACUUGAUAUUAGAUAUAUUCCUGUACAGUAUUUAUUGCCCUAUGUUAAGUAAUUGCUUGAGCUUUGAAAGAAAUACUCAAUUAUUAUAUGACACUGAAGCUGCACUAUUGAAGGUGAAUCCGAGUCUGAGAGGAUCUCUGUGUUACGUGGAAAGAGAAACAAUCUGCAUACUUAACAGCCUGUUUAAAUAAACGAUAUUAUCUACU